AUGUCCCCUUUCUGGCGGAAGCGUACUUCCAACAGAACGGUGCGCUUCUUGACUUGCUCCAAGCUCAGGGCAAAGGAAGGCGCGAAAACCGCUUUCGAGCAGUUGCCGCCCGUGUCAUCCGUGCCACGCACCACGCUGCCUAGGAUCCAGCUUCCCAACUUCAGCGGACAGUAUGAGGAGUGGCCGGCCUUCCGGGAUCUUUUCAAAUCGCUGGUCAUCAAGAACACGUCUUUGUCGGGUGGUGAGCGGCUGCACUACCUGAAGACAAAUGUGAAAAGUGAGGCGGAGCAGCUGAUCCGCAAUCUACCCACUACGGAGGAGAAUUUUGAGCGCGCCUGGUCCAUGCUGGUCGCCUACUACGACAAUAAGCGUUUCCUGGUAAGAUCUUGUUAUACUAAAUUCACGGCCUCGCCGAAGAUGAAGACCGAGUCGGCCGGCGAUCUCAGGCGUCUCUUUCACGAGAUGACCAGCACGGUCGGAACCCUCGAAAGCAUCGGCUGCCCAAUCACUGACGGUAUAGAUCUCUUCGUACAUCUUGUCGUCGAAAGGCUCGACCCGCGUUCCCGACGGGAUUGGAAGACGUCAAUCAGCACCUCGUCAGAACCGCCAAGUUACGACACCCUGAAGACAUUCCUAGAGUGUCGCAUGCAGAUAUUAGAGGCGCACCAACCCGCGAAGACGGAAGCGGCUUCCGCGACCGGCUCCAAGCCGAGCUCUGCAACGCAAUCCGCCCGUGCACAUAUCGCGCAAAAAUCGACCAAAAGGAACGGUCGAUGCACCAUGUGCCAAGGAGAGCACUACGUCCUCUUCUGCACUGAGUUCCAGAAGAAGACGCCAGCGCAGAAGAAGGAGCACGCCGAGGCAAACCAGCUCUGCUUGAACUGCUUUGGAAAGCACAAGGUGGCAGAGUGUCAGUCGAAAAAGACAUGCACCGCGUGCAAGGCUCGACACCACACGUCGACGCACGACGCCUAUUCGACAGCUGCAGUCCCGGCAUCCGCAACACCAACGUCGCACGUGCAAAAACGGCCAGCGCGAGGGCUAGCGAUGCUCCUCGUCACCGCUCGGGUCGACGUCAUCGACAGAGCCGGUACAAAGCACCGCGUGCGCGCUCUCAUCGACUCAGGAUCAGAGGUGUCGCUCAUAACGGAGUCGCUUGCGCAACGGCUCCGUCUCCGCCGAAUCUCCGCUCCAAUUACGCUCUUCGGCAUCGGCGAGCAACGAAGCGCAUCGGCGAACGGUGAGGUUUCGAUGCGGAUCUCGUCUACAACGUCGGACUACAGCCUCCAGAUGACUGUCCUGCCAAAGAUCUCGACUUAUGGAUCGCGGGUGAAAAUGGCGUGCGGCAAUUGGCAGCACGUGCACGGGCUUCAACUUGUGGACCCAGAAUUUCGGGCGGCUGACCCGGUGGACGUGCUCCUCAGGGCCGAUGUCUUCGCCAGCAUUAUCGAGGAGGGACUCCGCAAAGGCGAACCGAACUGGUCAGUCGCUCAAAGAAUGACUUUAGGCUGGAUCCUCACGGGAAUCGUCGACGAGAACGAGGACACUGUCGUCUCCUCACAUCAAUGUUCAGUGGACGACAAGCACGCAGCACUGGUGGGGCAAUUUUGGGACCAGGAGGAGCUCCCGAACACGCCAUUGCCACUCACGAACGAGGAACAGAAAUGCGAGGACUUCUACACCCGUACGCACAUCCGAACAGCGAAAGGACGAUACAUGGUGCGCCUUCCCGUGACGAGAAAUCUCCUAAUGUUGAGCGACACAAGGCGCGCUGCUCAUCGCUUACUGCUCUGCAUGGAGCGACGAUUUCAAACUGAUGCAGACCUGCAAAACCUAUACGGAAGCUUCAUGGCUGAAUAUGAGGGUCUCCACUACAUGACGCCCGUCGCCCCACUGACCGGCAGUCACGGGCGCCUGUGCUACCUUCCUCAUCACGGCGUGUUGAAGACUACGGGCAAUCACCGGAAAAUCAGGGUCGUCUUCAAUGGGUCGUCAUCAUGGUUACCUCCCGGCGACUCGCUGAAUGCGUUCCUCCUGACAGGACCGAAUCUGCUGCCCACCUUGCCUGACAUCCUCCUGCGCUGGCGCCUACCGCAGUACGCAAUGGUGGCAGACAUCGAAAAGAUGUACCGCCAAAUUCUGAUCCAUCCGGGAGAUCGCGACCUGCAGCGGAUCUUGUGGCGAGCCGACAGAAACAAGCCUGUACAGGAGUACCAACUAAACACGGUCACCUAUGGCCUAGCAUGUGCACCUUACCUCGCAGUCCGGACUCUGCGGCAGUUGGCUGCAGACGAAGAGAAACAGUUUCCCAAGGGGGCCGCCGUGCUUCGCCGUGACUGCUACGUGGACGACAUCCUAACAGGACCUGACACUCUGGAGGAGGCGUUCGAACUUCAGACGGAACUGAUUCACACGUGCUUGGCGGGGGGCUUCCCCCUUCGCAAAUGGGCGGCAAACUCGAGCGACCUCCUGGACCACAUCCCGGUACAGGAGGCCAAGCCGGAGUGCAUUACCAAGCGAACGAUCAUCCUGUCAAGCACGGCGCGCUUGUUCGAUCCUCUGGGAUGGCUUGCACCGGUGAUGAUCAGCGCCAAGGUAAUCAUCCAGACCCUGUGUUUGCACCGGCUCGCCUGGGACGAAUCAGUGGCUCAGGUGGAGAGAAACGCGUGGCAGCGCAUCCAGAGGGAACUUCCGCUGCUAGAAGAGGUUCGCGUCCCUCGCUGGCUUCACUCCACUCAAAGCAGCGACGUAGAGUUGCACGGGUUCGCUGAUGCUUCACAACGAGCCUACACCGCCGCCGUGUACGCGAGGAUUCGCUCCAGCAAGGCCAGCGGACCUUUCUUGUUGGCAGCGAAAACCAAGGUCGCGCUCAUCCGCCAAAUUUCGCUCCCGCGACUAGAACUCUGUGCGGCGGACAUGCUGACUAGACUCGUGGCGCACGUGAGAGACGCUGGAGCUGGGCAACGCAACCAUUCACCUGUGGUCGGAUUCAACGGUGGCCCUCGCUUGGAUCCAGGCGCAGAUAAUCCGGCGGAUUGCGCGUCGAGAGGUCUGACUCCGAGGGAGCUUCUUGACUUCACCCUCUGGUGGCAAGGCCCGUCCUGGCUCGUGGACGAAGCUAAUUGGCCGGCCCACUUUCCGGCAGACGUGGAGGUGACCAACCCGCCCGAGCACCGCGCGCGGGUGCUCUCCGCCGUUGCUGAACACCAACGAAGACGGGUCACUGCUGCAGCAAUUCUCGACGCUCCAUCGCCUGCUUCGCGUGACUGCAUGAUGCCUGAGAUGGCGUGA